AUGAGGAAAAGGUGGAUUGCCAAGAUAAGGCGAGACGAGGACGAGAACUUUCAAAUCAGACACCAUACAUUUGUGUGUUCACAACACUUCAAAGACAGCAAUUAUGAAUAUUCACAAUUCGCAGGAAGGCGCUUCUUAAAUGCAGAUGCUGUUCCAUCGUUGUUCAAAUGUUGGGAAAGUGUUGGGAGCAGGCAUCUCGUAAAGAUAAGUAAGCCUAGGAAAGCAAACAGACUCCAGCAGAAUCGCACAACAGCUGCGGAACCAUCUCACAAUUCUGACUCUGACCCUGACAUGACAGAAUUGGUUGGUGAUACACCAUCAAUGGAACAGGAUGCACCAUCAGAUGGACUCUCUGAUGAGCUUGAAGACAUUUCUUGUGAAAAUGAAAGUGCCGAUAUUAUGUCCAAUGAAGAGGUUCUGCAAGGGAAACUGGCUGAUAAGGAACUACAGUGUAAAAUAUUGCAAGAAAAGGUCCGAUCAUUGACGCAGGAGCUUGAAGCUGUGAAAUUAGAACUGAAACAAUGUGAAUUUGCCAUUGAUAAUGUUCGAUCAAGUGAUAUUGUGUUCUUCACUGGUUUUCCAAGUAUUGAAGUAUUUGAUCAAAUGUUGACUUACUUGAAUCCUGGAGAGAAUGGGGAGAAUGUCAUAAUGGCAAAUCAAGAAAGCCAGGCUUCAACCCCAACUUCAUCUAGCAAGCGUGAAAUGAUCAAAUGCCAGCGGAUGAUGCUAGCAGUACGCAGAGUAUUGCGGCUGAGAGAAUCCAUGUUGAAAGAUUAA